AUGCUAGAAUUUGCAGAACUUCGUUCCUGCGCUGAACAGCCUUGCAAAAACAAAGGAACUUGCCUAGAAACAUGGGAUUCAUACAAGUGCAGUUGCUUAGCUGCUUUCACCGGUGCAGACUGUGAGGAAAAACUUCGUUCCUGCGCUCAGCAUCCCUGCAAAAAUAAAGGAACUUGCCUAGACACAUGGGAUUCAUACAACUGCAGCUGUUUAGCUGCUUUCACCGGUGCAGACUGUGAAGAAAGUAAGAAUAUUUGUAGUGCCAGUUGUCGCCAUUUAGUGUAUUGUGGAUUAAAAAAGCCACAAUUUGUAGAAGUUCAUUCUUGCGCUAAACAGCCUUGCAAAAACAAAGGGACUUGCCUAGACACAUGGGAUUCAUACAACUGCAGCUGUUCAGCUGCUUUCACCGGUGCAGACUGUGAAGAAAGUAAGAAUAAUCAUAGUGCCAGUCGGUGUUUCAUACUGUGUUUUGGCUAA